CAGCGUUCUUGAAAACAGGUGGAUUACCUUGGCGGACACUCGACACGCUGGUCGACGAGCUUUCAACUUGUCAACGAAAACCGCUUCUCUCGGCUCCUCUCGCAAACCGAAGCUUUCCCACCCAGUGUUCGGAGGCACAGCAAGUGCUGUGCAUACUUUCAAGCCACACCUGCCUCCACCAAUGACUUGUGCAUGUGCCCCGGCCUUGAUCAGGGCCAUUCGAAUCCUGAACGCAACACGAAUGUUUGUGGCAUACAGCUGUAGUGAGUACAAACGCAUGAUCCGGAGUACUAGUAGUUGAUUACCGACGUGUACUGUUGUUGCGCUGAGCGCUGGCCCGUAGUACAUUACUUUUGUAGUAGACCUACGAAAGGAAUUUUUGGCUGAUACCGUGUAGUGGCAGUCAGAGACCUGCGCCGUGUUCAUGCAGUUCAGUCUCCUUCACCACGCUCAGAAGGUCGAAGGACGAAGGAAGAGAACAACAUAAUCAUUACUUCACAUACUGGUUUCGCUCGUUGGAGGAAGGAGGUGUGCGUUCUACUGUUGUUCAAGAUGGAGCAGUCAAGGUUCUUGGGACUGGCCCACGGCCUUUUAACAACACUGGUAGUCCUGACUUGGUGUGUACUGCCUGCACGAGGCCAGAUCCUGUUUUUCAACGACACACUGGCUGCAUCAGCCAAGGUCGAGUCCUGGCCACUCGGUGGAGACGAUAGUACUACAUCCACCGGGGAUGAUAGCGCUCUGGAGGUAAGCCUGGCAUUCAACACUCGCAUGUCCCAUUCUUUCCUCUUCUACGCCCAGAACGAACUUGGGAUGCUCCAGUUAGUUAUCUCCAGCCGACAUCGAGUUCGCUGCCGCGUUGUUCUGGCGAAUGGUGGAUCAGAGAGCAGUGACCUGCAUGCAACCUUGAAUUCCGCUGUGUCAGCCUUAGGUGUUGCUGACGGUAAUGAACAUGCUGUGAAGCUAAGACUUUCUCCUUCCGGUAACAACACCGAUCUUCAUCUAUCCCUUUCUCUUGACUCCAUGGCAUUCGGGGAAGCACACCUAAGCGGUGGAUGGGCUUUGAUGAUGCAAGCAGCGACGGAAGUCUACCUUGGUGGCUUGCCUCCUGGACACACGCCUCGGCAUUCCGGAGCUCUCGUUGCUCCUCGACUACUGGGCUGUAUACAUGGCUACAGUGUGACUGUACGUCGAAGCGGAGUGGGUGCUGACAGCAAUGAGGUGACGACCAUCGGUCGUCUACCGUCCUCUCCCAUUGCAUUGCUGGGCUCUUCAGCCGUGGACAGGCGGAUGAGCUGUCCAGUGUGUGUUGACGGUGGUGUGAGCUGCAGUAACGGUGGUCAGUGCCGUCCCAAUGGUGUGUCCUACUGUCACUGUGCGGGGACGGGCUUUGAGGGAAAACACUGCGAGCAAGAAUCUCCAGUCAUGAGGUUGGAUGGCGGCAGUUGUGCACACUUCAAGCUAGAUCCCCUGCAACCACUGCAGCUUGCCUGGAGGUUCCACAUCCGCUUCCGCUCAAAUGCCACUGGCACGCUUUUGCUAACCGAUUCUCUCCACGUUCGCCUCUCUGACACAGGUUCUGUCCAUGUCCGUCACACGCCAGCCCCACAUCUUAGUGCCGUCAUGGGCAAGGGCUUGCUGGCUAGUGGUGUUGAAUGGCACUCAGUGGAGAUUACUUUCACGAAGGACAACACCAUACGAGUGGAGCUGGACAGAGCUGCCGUCGAGUCUAUCCAGCUACCUAGCGGCAACGUAGCAUCACUGCGGCCUCCACUGAUCACGUCUUUCCUGGCCCUUGGUUGCACACCACUGAUGGAGGACCACUUCCACGGCUGCCUUCAAGAUGUCUACUUGGGAGAUCUAAAUCUGAUCGGUCUUUCACAAAGUCCCAAGCAACGUCUUGCUACACGAAUUCAGGUGAACAUGACUGGCAACAUUGCUAGCAGUUGUCCUGAGCCUUUGCACAUACCAGCUUCACAGUCACUGACUGUAAGCCAGCCACUACACAGAAUGUCAGCAUCAGGCCUGUUUAUGCUACCAGCUCCAGUGGAGGAAGAAUUGAGCUUCUGGUUUCGCACAAAUGAAAUGGAUGUUGGCGUUUUGGAGACAACCAAUUCCACCCUGCUCGUUUCGCUGACAAUUCAAUGUGGCAACCUUGUGCUGGGCAUACAGGACUCCAUGCACAACAUUACUGGCGAAGUGACGGCAGCGGGAGGAGGUGUUGCUGAUGGAGAGUGGCAUAGGGUAUCAGUGCAGCUGUUUUGGAGUCACUGCACAAUCAAACUUCACCUGGACGGAUCCAGUCAUGUCCUGCUAGUGCGAUCAAGCCCUGCCAUGCCGUGCUAUCACGUUGGAUCGAGCAGGAAACUGCUCUUCUCAUUCGGACAAGUUUCGGACGUAUCAUUGAAGCCAUACAGUGGUUGCAUAGCUCUGUUUGCAGUCGAUCGUACUCUGAUACCCUUGCAGGAUCAGCUAGCAGCGGGGAUGGCAGGCGUGAGUCCUGGUUGCAUGGGGCCGGGAGAUGGCUGUCGUCAGAAUCCAUGUCUGAAUGCCGGCACGUGCAUGCAGGGUUGGCAGCGGUAUGAGUGUGAUUGUAGUACCAAUCAGUUUACGGGCAAGACCUGUGAAGAAGACACUGAUAUCAUCACGUUUGAUGAAGCACCGCUUGCCAUGAAGAGAGAUCUAUGCUUCACGUGCUCGACUGGAAUUGCACCCUGCUCCAAGCAAAUGCUCUUCAGCGCUCACAUACGACCACAUCGCCUGUCCAGCACCAUCGCUAGCAGCUCAUGGAUGACAUUAACACUGGACAAAGGGGGAAUAACUGUAAACAUUACGUCAGACCGCCGGAAAAUUGUACUGGCUGUUGAUGAGCGAGUAACAAAAACUGACACGUGGUAUCGUGUGAGUGUGUCCAUUUUACAAUGCAGAGUCACUCUACAGGUGGAUGAUCAGCAAGCUGUGGAGUCACUAGAGCCGAUGGAGGUGAUUUGCCCGAGCAUGAAAAGUAUCACGCUCGGUGGUUAUGUCCAGCAUGGGAAGCAGACUGAUGCUGCUAGCACUGUCAUGUCUCCGUACAUUGGGUGCAUGAGAAAGGUCACGGUUGCCGGUGAAGACGUCGACAGCGCAGCCUUGACUGGACUUCACAUUGGCAAAUCAUGUCCUCCAUCCACACCACUCUGCUCGGCCGGACCAAGCUCAUCUCUUCUCCUACCUGCAGUCUGGCCAUUCCCUACACUACACAGUGCUGCCAUGCAGAUAGACUUUGACUGGCAAACAAUCUCCACUCACCGUAUCUCAUUGUUCUUUGCCACCGACCAGCAAUCCGCUACGAUUCUGUCAUCGGGCUCAAACAACUCCAGCAGCAGCAACAGCAGCCGUAUCCUAGUCAUUCUGCACCGGGGACGUGUGUGCUUGAAAGUGCAGUCGUUGGGUGAAACAUCAUACCGAACAAAUUGCUCGCGGGAUAACUACACUGGAGGCGACUACCACACAUUGCAACUGACAUCGCCCUCACCAAACACUAUCGUCCUGAAAAUCCUGAGUGGUGAAACAAUCCGCGUAAUGCACUCUGCGUCAAUGGAAGGCCCAGCAAUGUUCGGAAACAUGGUUCAUAUUGCUGGGUCUUUUUGCCGUGAUAUGAACAGUCCAAUGGAAGAAAGCGACAACCCAGCACCGGGCUUUGCUGGUUGCAUUGGCAACGUCACAUUGGGAGAGACCUGCAUGGAUGACCUGCUGCAUGUCUCGACGUGCUCACAAAGGCCACGCAUUGCAACAUCGCCUGUGAGCGGCACUGGGAGAUCAAAGUCGCUCAGGAAUGCUGUGCUUUACCAGUGCCCAUCGACUGCUGACUUCUGCAAGAUUUCACCUUGCAAACACAAUGGAAGAUGUUCAUCCAGCAAGUUUGGCCGUACCUGCAGCUGUACUGGUACUGGCCAUGUUGGGGAACUGUGUGAGAAAGUUGCUGCUUCUGGUACAUUCAACAGCACUGCCUCCUCACUGGGUGUGUUCUUCGCGGGCAAAAUGGCACUACAUACACUACAUGUACUCCUUACCAGUGUGCCUCCCGGCGGCAAGCACACUCGUCCUGUUGAGCUGAUUGCUGCCGUUGACCACAGCGGACGCAGGGGCAUGUGGCUGUAUACCAGCGAUAUGGCUGGAUCGAUCACGCUGGUUGUCCGUACCAACACCGUGCACAGGUGCAAGGCAGCACUGAAGAAAGAGAAGAGCGCCCAUCAGCAUGCCGUGCAUGUCAGAGUGCACGCGCACAGGAGUGAGGUCAAGCUCAUCAUUGACGGCAAGGAAACCGUGUGCAAAGUGGGAACAGGGUUGCUGAACUUGCGAGUUUCCCGAGUUCAGGCAGGCCGAUUACCGACCGCCAUGCGACACAUUGACAAUGCUAUUGGAUUCCGCGGCUGGCUGAAGGAAAUCUAUGUCAACAACAUCCGGCCAUUGGAAAUCUUGUCCAAUUCAACCCUUGAAGACAGGUUGCUGGCCAUGAAAACUGGAGUGCGCAUCAAGACACACCAGGUAACUCCGAAACAGAUCUCCAUCCCGUAUCAGGGUGCGGAUUGUUCAUCGGACGAUGAGGACUUUCAGGGAUCUGGCUCGGGCUGUGGCGGUGACAGCAGUGGAGUGCGGGUUAAACCAACCCUGCCCGGUGGUGGAAACCAAGGUCCCGGUGGUGGACUAGGUCCCGGCGGCAACCAAGGCACCAGCAAAGGUAUGGUCACGGCAACUGGCCAAGGCACCGUGGUGAGACCGAGUGUAUCCACUGCGGACGUGACAGAAGACUGUGACAAGUCACUAGACACUGACUGUGAUGGCAGUGAUCUGGAGACCAGUGGUGAAUCCGGUGGCCUGAGUAGUGGAGCUACAGUCGGUAUUAUUAUCUUUUCUGUUGUUGUCGGUGUUGUGCUGGGAGUUGCCGCCGUCUUUGUCAUUGCUAAACUGAUUGGCUCACAGCGCGGCGAGUUCAAACUGGAUGAGAUUCCAGAACAGCCCAAGUCACCCACUACCCUGUACUCUCCGACCGAUUCUGGAGAGCAUUUUCUCUGAUCACCAAUCUGAAUGAACAGCUGUGUGUGUGUGUGCGUGUGUGCGUGUGUGUGUGGGUGUGGGUGCGUGCGUGCCGGUGCGUGCAAACCCAAGUGCAACGCGCGCUUGCCAUGCGUGUACAUGCCAGAAUGCAGCACAAUUGUAGAUUUAUACUGUAUCAUAAUUAUCAUGUUGAACAUUUUUGGAUACACUUUCUGUACCUCCCCUUUACCCCCAAUAGCCUCGCUGUACACUGUACACUGUACACUGCCUAGCACCUGGUAGAGCAGUCUUCACUGAUAGGACAAUGAUUAUUACAACACCAGUCCUGCCACAAAGCCAAGAAUUUCAGGCCAUGUGACAUUCCAGGAGAAGGUCCAGGCUGCUGGUCAUAGUGCUGCAAUAUGACCAUCCCUGACGUCUGCCCCGACAGGACAAGUACCUUCCAACUCUCAUCAAUUAUUGUUUUAGUGCAGACUAGCAAUGUAUAAAAAUAAAAAACUAUAAUCAUGGUACAUGUACGUAUAUCUUCACCUCUUUGUCACUCGGUAACUUUGCACCUCUAUUGUGUUGGUUUCAAAAGACUGACCACGCUACCUGUCCGUUCCGCGACGAAAUCCGAAGAUCACUCAGAAGGAAACGGCAUGCACUAAACCUUCCCACCACCCACACACCGCCACAGCGUGAAUAUGCAGGCCCUGUGUGAAAUGUUCGGCCACUGAUAUCGUUUUUUUCUUUGUUUGUAGAGCACGGAUGGUAGAUGGAUCAUGGACUGAGCAUCUCACGAUGUCGUAAUGGC